AUGCUGGCCACUGCGUUGGAGGGAACAGUACCUGACACUGGAGAGGAACCCCGGUGCGUUCCUACAGCGCCCCAACAAAAGAGCCCACAAGCCUCCAUCGCGAGAAAGGCACAUCUCAAGGGUGUGGUUCGCUUUCUUACACUGGGUCACGAUGGAAAUGGCGAACCGGCAUAUCUGGGACCAUCGUCAGGGCUUUCUAUGGCUGAGAAUGUCAGUCGAAUUGUCCAUAACUCGGUCGGGUCUAGGCUAUUGCCAAUCAUUGGCAACAACCAACAACCAGAAGCACUGCAAGAGACCGUGCAGGCCAAGGCCGCGCCACCAGACGAUGCAAUAGGGUCCCAAAUUCUCGAUGCCUAUUUCCUGAAUAUGCAUGUGAGACUCCCGUUUCUCGAUCGUACGGAGAUCCUGAAAUUGCAUGCGAAGAGGCAUGAAUCGCCUAAUAAUACGCCCGAGGCGCAAUUUGGACGAUUCAAAUUAUUCAUGGUUUAUGCGAUCGGAAGCGCAAUUCGUCAAACGAUAGACGGUGAUAACUCAACUUUGCCGAAUCAAUUUCUUCUGACUGCGUUGGAUUUUGAUCCUACUCUAAGAGAGUCAAUCUCUAUCGCUAGUAUUGAGGCAAUGUUGCUACUUGUUUUAUACAAUCUACGAACCACCUCCAACUCAAGUGUUUGGUAUAUGAUUGGUCUGGCUAUGAGAACCUGCUUGGACUUCGGGUUUCAUAGAGAAACAAGCUAUCGAAGACUAUCACAACACGAGACAGAAUUGCGACGACGUCUUUUCUGGAGUGUUUAUAUUAUCGAGAGAUAUACAGCGUGGUCUCUGGGCAGACCAUUCAGCGUUGCAGAAGAGGAAAUCGAUGCGGCCCCUCCUUCCAAUAUCGAUGAUUCCAUCACCAAUGACACCGCGAUUGAAAGGAUCCUACAAAACCGGGCGGUUGGCCGUGGGAGGCCGCACAAGGGAACGCUUGGAAGAUUUAUCGCUUCGAUUCAGUUGCAAAGGAUCGUGUCUCGGAUUCACACGCGCAUCUACCGCGUUGACGCACAGAUUUCUGCCCUUACCUCAGAGAUUCAUCCCUUGCUGUCAUCACUGCAAGAAUUCAAAGCCACGUUAGCAGCGCUUGAUGUGGACGAAGGCGACUUUCUGCAUAUGCAUUGGAACAACUCGAUUCGAAUUCUACUUCAGCCGUUCCUCAGUUUCUUGCAUCCACAAGAUAGCUUGAUAGGAACCUGUCUCUUUGCAUCGGGCCAAAUGUGUCAGUUCUUCAAGAAGCUUAGGCAGCGGGAGACAUCUUCUGGAUCUUCCUUCCUACUCGUGAACUCGGUUUUCAUGGCUGGCAUCACAAUGUGCUAUUGUUUAUUCCGGUCUCCAGGUUUGUGGACACCCGCGGUAUCCAACGAUUUACGUGCCUGCUCUUCGGCGCUAUUUCUCAUGGCAGAGCAUAAUCCGCGUCUGAAAACAUACCGCGAUGGACUCGAGACAAUCAUUAACCGAGCAAUGGAUUACGUUCAAGAGGCCUCUGUACCACGACAAGCAAACCAAGGCGGAUUGCCCACACCAAGAACAGACCACGGACUGAUGCCAGAGACAGCCAUUUCUACGGAACCACUUCCAGGACCAGGCCCUCAGACGCAGCCAUUGCAAGAUAAUACUCUCCCUGAGACAACUACCCAGCGGUUUGACUCGAUCAACGCAGACAUGUUCUCGGAUCUUCACGAAAUUCUCAACUUACAAGGCGAUAUGUGCGGCAAUGAUAUGGAUGGCGUCCUUCCUUUUCAUGGCAUCUUCACAGAGGAUUUCUGGGCUGCUGAUGCAUUUAAUCUGCCUACCUUUGAUGGUUUUGGAUGGCGGUCUUGA